GUCUCGACUCCUCUCGACUCCUCUCGGCAGUAUGGCCGCCGUCCUGUAGCAGCUUCUGUGUGCAGACAUAAGAUUACAGCUUUAGCACUUUACAACAUGUCGGCGGUACUUUUCCUGAAGAAGUCUCUGAGCAGACUCCCUCCGGCUGUGGCUCGGCAGCUGGUCCGGUGCUGCUAUCACACCGAGAGAGGGGUGUUCGGGUACCGACCCAAACAGACCGAGAGCCGACAUGAGUUACUGAAGGACCGCAUCGAAGCGCUGAACCAAGAUCAUGGUCUGUCCCGUCUGGUGGAGGCAUACAGAGCACAUGGCCACAAGGCUGCUAAAAUCGACCCGUUACAGCCCGAUAAACCUGUUGCUGACAGCGUCCCGGAGAUAACCAUGCUGACCGACACCGUCACAGGAACUCUCCACACCUCAGGUCUACGACAUUUUGGCAAAGCAGAGGCUUCCGUGGAAGAGGUGCAGGCCUACCUGGAAGGAGCGUACUGCGGCCACCUGUCAGUGGAGACCAGCCAGCUGAGCAGCCUGGAGGAGAGGGAGUGGUUCGCCGACCGCUUUGAGGAACUCAAGAAGAAGAGUUUCUCCACCGAGGAGAGGAAGCAGCUGGCCAAGGUCAUGCUGGAGUCUCAGGAAUUCGACCACUUCCUGGCCACCAAGUUUGCUACUGUGAAGCGUUAUGGAGGAGAAGGAGCAGAGAGCAUGAUGGGAUUCUUCCACGAGCUAUUCCGUCACUCGGCCUUCAGCGGAAUCACUGACAUCGUGAUCGGCAUGCCGCACAGAGGCCGACUCAACCUGCUGUCCGGCCUGCUGAAGUUCCCUCCAGAGCUCAUGUUCCGUAAGAUGCGCGGCCUCAGUGAGUUCCCAGAGACGUCCUCUGCCACCGGAGACGUCCUCUCCCACCUCACCGCAUCAUUAGAGUUGGAUUUCGGAGCUGCGCGUCCUGUCCAUGUGACCAUGCUGCCCAACCCCUCCCACCUGGAGGCCAUCAACCCCGUGGCUCAGGGCAAAACUCGAGCCAGGCAGCAGCUCAGGCAGGAAGGAGACUAUUCCCCUGAAGACAACGCACAGCCAGGGGACCAGGUCGUCUGUCUGCAGGUCCACGGUGACGGCGCUUUCACUGGACAGGGGAUCGUUCCAGAAACGCUGACCCUUUCCAACCUCCCUCACUACAGAGUGGGUGGGAGCAUCCACCUCAUCGUCAACAACCAAGUGGGUUUCACCACUCCAUCCGAGAGGGGGAGGUCGUCUCUGUACUGUAGCGACGUCGGUAAGAUGGUGAACUGUGCUGUGAUCCACGUGAACGGCGAUGAUCCAGAUGAGGUGCUGCGGGCCACUCAGCUGGCUGUGGACUACCAGCGUGUUUUCAGGAAGGACAUCAUCGUGGACCUGGUCUGCUACCGUCAAUGGGGCCACAACGAGCUGGACGAGCCCUUCUUCACCAACCCGGCCAUGUACAAGAUCAUCAAAACUCGUCAGAGCGUCCCUGACUGUUACUCAGAGAAGCUGAUCUCCGAGGGUGUGAUGACCGAGGCGGAGCGAGACGAGAUCAAGUCCCAACACUACAGCAUGCUGAACGACAAGCUGUCCAACAUGACCCUGUACACCCCCCCACUCACCAACCUGCAGGGCCGCUGGGGGGAUCUGGGCGAACCCCAGGCCAAAGUCACCACCUGGGACACGGGCGUCCCCGUCCCCCUGCUGCAGUACGUAGGGGCCAAAUCUGUGGACAUCCCCGAGGAAAUCCAGGUCCACAGCCACCUGAGGAAGACCCAUGUUCAGGCUCGUUUGCAGAAGCUGGAAGAAGGAAACAAACUGGACUGGUCGACAGCAGAGGCUUUGGCUUUCGGCUCGCUCCUCUCCCAGGGCUUUAAUAUCAGAAUCAGCGGACAGGACGUGGGAAGAGGAACGUUCAGCCAUCGACACGCCAUGGUGGUGUGUCAGGACACCAACGACAUGUACAUCCCUCUGAACCACAUCAGCCCUCAGCAGGCUGGCUUCCUGGAGGUGUGUAACAGCCCGCUGUCUGAGGAGGCGGUGCUGGGAUUUGAAUACGGUAUGAGCAUCGCUCAGCCGAAGCUCCUUCCCAUCUGGGAGGCUCAGUUUGGAGAUUUCUUCAACGGAGCGCAGAUCAUCUUCGAUACCUUCCUCACUGGAGGUGAAGCGAAGUGGCUGCUGCAGUGUGGGAUGGUGAUCCUGCUGCCUCACGGCUACGAUGGAGCCGGACCCGAACACUCCUCCUGCCGCAUGGAGCGCUUCCUCCAGAUGUGUGACAGUAAAGAGGAGGGUGUGGAUGAUGACCGCGUGAACAUGGCUGUGGUCAACCCCAGCACGUCCGCUCAGUACUUCCACCUGCUGAGGAGGCAGAUGAUCCGUAACUUCCGCAAACCUCUCAUUGUGGUUGGACCCAAGACCCUGCUCCGAUUUUCUGGCGCAGCGUCCAGUCUGACUGAGCUGGCUCCAGGAACAUCCUUCAGACCAGUGUUGGGUGAUACCUCAGUCUCUGCAGCAAGUGUCCAGAAGGUGGUGCUGUGCUCAGGGAAACAUUACUAUGCCCUGCUGAAACAGAGAGAGACAUCAGCAGCCAAUCAGAACACAGCACUGAUCCGUGUGGAGGAGCUCUGUCCGUUCCCUCUGGACGCCCUGCAGCAGGAGUUCAAAAAAUACCCCAACGCCAAAGAGUUUACUUGGAGUCAGGAGGAGCCACAGAACAUGGGCCCCUGGUCGUAUGUAGCCCCCAGGUUUGAGAAGCAGCUGGCCUGCAAGCUCCGGUUAGUGAGCCGCCCUGCUCUGCCCGCGCCUGCUGUCGGCAUCGGGAUCCUCCAUCAGCAGCAGCAGGAGGCCAUCCUCUCCGCCACCUUCUCCUAAAACACGCAGCAACACUGACAACAGUAAACAAGCAUCAAGACUACACUACAUACUAGCAUCUGCUCUAAUCCUUCAAACCAGCGUCAGUAAAUGAAAAGAGUUUUUUUAAAGAGGAUUUUAAUUAUUAUCUUUAGGGUUUUCAGGAAACGCCUGAAUUUGUUCUCCCCUUUCUUGUUUUGACUUUGCCUGUAUUGUUUAUGUGUUCAGUGUCAAGGCACUGUGGAAAGGAAAAAAUACAUAUGUGGGUGGGAUCUGACUCGAGGCCUUAGAGACAUUGUCUACAGUGCAACUGAAGUAAAGGAACACUAUCAGCUGACAGUCAGAUUUUCAGCACUGGAGAUGGUUUCUCUUGGUACGACCUCUUAAACCAGGAAAACUGUUAAAAAACAAACACAGUUAGAACCGAUAUGCUAAAACUAAGAGUAUGGAGAGACAGACUCACCCAUGGUUGGUUUACACUCUUAUUGUCUAUUCUGAAGGACUUGCAUUCAUCUCGACUCUUGCAUCAGCGGUACAUUGGUCCAUUGACUCUGUUGCUGCUCGCCUCAUGCAUUCAGUCUCCACUAGUUGUCCGUUGUUCUGAACAGAAAACAUUAGAAGUUGUUGGAAAUAUCUUUGAAAUAUUUAUGUAAGAACAGGGAGUACUUAAACUGGAUUUCGGAGAAAAGACAGUUGAAUGUUUACGCAGCCUUGAGUAAGAUGUAUUUGGACAUUUUAUGCUACAAAUGAAUAUUUAAUCAUGCUUCUAAGACUUGAAAAAAUAAAAGCAUUAAAGGGCUAAUGUAAAUAAAAGAAACAAGAUGGAUUUCAAAUGGAAAUAUUUUCAAAUAAAUCAAUUUUCACUUUA